CAGAAAUGCGGCGAGUGGGUUGAUGCAGCGGUUUCGUAUGAAGUUUGAUAUGUAGUAAUUCAUUUAGUUGUUAUUUGAGCAUUUAAAAUAGUCUACCAGAAAUUGUACCAAUCUUCUAGAGUUUUCCAAUUGGAAAUUCUACUGAUUUUUCUGACAAAAAAAGCAAAUCUAAAUGCUCAUUCGCAUUUUGAACUUUCUUGUAGAUAAGUGUAUGCAGUUACAUCUUUUUACCCUUAAUUUUUGCAAUGUUGCAAAAGCAAAGCAAAAGCUUCAACAAGAUUAAGCCAAACAGGACCUAUCUUGUGUGCCAUGUUUGCCUAAAAAGCCAGAGAGUCCUGUCAGUGCAUUUGCACAGGGUUUGCAUGAAGAACAGUCCACCAGAAGCAAUUGCAGCAGAGCUAGAGAAUGCAAAAAGGGACUCCCGUGAACUCCUAAAGGAGGGUAGGGUAUUUAGUUAUGCAAUCCUUCGCCAAAUUAUGGAUGAUGCUGAUCCAUGUAGCAGGCUGAUUGAGGAGCUGAGGCAUCGUCAUUUGUUUGUGAGUGGUGUUCCUCUCUCUCUGCCAAAUGCCAACGUUGUGGCCAAACCAUCAUCCCCCAGCAGGACCACACAGCCAUCAGACACUAAGACCUCAGGGAGUGACGAGACGGAGAAGUCUGCUGCUGUCAGCAGUGAUGAGAUGUAUCAACGUGAAGCAUGUGUCAAGUCUAAAAACCUGACCAGGCAGCACAUGGAAACGAUGGGCCUCUACAAAAAGCACUCCCUGGACUAUCCUCUGCUGAGGGACUUUGGCAAUUACCUUGAAAAAGAGCUCUACAAUGAGAAUUUCAAACAGGAGGUGGAAAAUGUUUCUCGGUACCUUUAUUAUGUGGACUCACUAGCACCAUCUUUGGAGUUUGUCAGAAACAGGGAAAAGUUACGCGAAUACCUCCGUCGCCUCUCUGAGGCAAAAUUAAAAAAACAAACACAGCUGAAUUACCUGAAGAGCCUGAAAAGAUUCCUUCUUUACCACACUGUCAACACAAACCUGAGGCAAGAUGAUCAGGCUCUACAUGCGGAGUGCAAGCACUUUAUUGAGUACAUCGGGUCAGUACAGAAAAGCUGCUCCAAGCUCGUGAGUAAAGAGAUCACACAAAAGAGGCAUAACAUGCUAAUAGAAAAAAAUCAAAUCACAACAACAGACUGCUGGGCUGUGUUGAAGGCUGCCAAGAAGGACUUUGAGCUGGUCAUUGGAAAACUGUUGAAAGACAGAACUUUGAUUCUGGAGAAGAGUGAGCUCACAUUAGUGGUGUAUUAUCUGGAGGCCAUCUUGAUUUUGAAACACCUCCAACGACCAGGCGUGGUGGAGCACAUGACUGUCCAGGAGUGGAUUGCCAGGACAAGUUCAGGGACAAAUACAGUCAUUGGUGUAAAGGAGCACAAGACAGGAGCACAGGAAGUGGCCUCAUUUGUCCUGUCAGAGGAAGAGGAACGUUGGUUUCACAUCUUCUACACUCUGGUGCGACCACAACUCAAGAACUCCAAGAAACGCAAGAGGGGUCAGGAUGAAAACGCCAUAGAUGGAGAGGAACACUUUUUCCUCUCCACUUCAGGGAAGGGAAUAUACAAUGCUUCCAAUGAUCUCAACCGGCUGCACUCAAGAUAUGGGAUAAAGCCAGUGACCAGCCAGAUGGCAAGGAGAGUCUUUGAGACAGCCACUAAGGACUUGACAGAUUCAGAAAAGUCACUGGUGGCUGACUACCUCUCACAUUCCACUGCAACAGCGGAAAAACAUUACCGCAUAAAGCAGGUGGAUCAUCUUUUGAGGGCCAGUCAGCUGCUGGCUAAACUGGCUGGUGACUCAAAUUCUCAGCCAACCGAGGAGGGUUCCAGCCGGGCUUCUCGCAGUGCUGUCUGUUCUGCUGGUGCCCGUCAACAGUCAAAUGAGCAGCUCAUUAUGACACACCCGGUGACUGUUGAUGGACAAGUGCCAGAUCUUUCUGUGCGCAAAAGGGUGUCCCCAGGAUAUCAUCACAAGCUGUUUGAGCGUUGGGUGAAGACUUGCAUGAAACUGCAUCUGAAGCAUGUCCACUCAUACUUCAGCCGACGCUGCCCAACAAAACCACAGCUGAAAAGGUGGAUCUCCAAACAACAAUGGACGCGUAACAUCCAUUUUAAAGGGAGAGUUUGCAGGGCUCGACUGACUUUGAACACUUGGAGCUUACAUAAACGGAGUCCUGCCCACCAGCCUUAAGACACACCAAAUAAAACUUGAUUGAUUUGUAACCAAGUUAUUGUGACUAAAGGUUGAGAGAUGUUGCCUGCUCACUGGCUCCCCUCUCCUCCUUAUAUGCCCCUCCUCUAAAUAUAAAAUAUUAAAAAAAAAAUAACAACAUUUAAUAACAUUUUUUUUUAAAGUUUCUAAUUUAACCGCCUAAAUAAUUUUUUAUUUGAUUUUAUUCUCUGUGCUUUUCCUAUAUAUUGAUAUGUAAUGAAGGGGGCAAAGGCUGCAAAGUUGACUUUGCAUUAUGGGAUGUUGUGAGGAUUCAGAGUAAUAAAAACCAGCACAUUAUUGAAAACCUUAAUUUGUAUCCAAUCUGGUCCAAGUUGGACCAAACAGUUGAUUUUCUACAAAUGUUCAUAGAUUUGUGAAAAAAAAUUCUAAAAUAUAUCAUAAUAAUACAAUUAAACCAGGUAACACUUUAUAAUAAGUACACACUAUUAAGCAUUAGUUAAGCAUGAAUACAUAUUGAAUUCAUCAUUCACAACGCAUGAAUGCUCAUUAGUAUGUAGUUUAUAAACAGUGUAACGGCCGCUGCUGGCUGCCGUUUAGGGUAUGUUCAUUGUGUGUUCCCAUGAGUGAUUCUGCCAGGCAUGCACAGCAAGCUAUGUGAUUCCCUGUUGAGGAUUGGUCCUUCUGAAGCAGAGGCGGUCUACUUCCUGCUUCCUGUCCACCGGCGUCUGUGAUUGGUGUGGCUGUGAUCCAGUCUACCAAUCAAGACUCAAUCAACCCCAGCUGCAACAUAAAUAGGUUGUGUGCCCUCAGUUCAUCGUUUAGCUUUGCCUGGCUGGAACCUAUCUGAGUGGUUCUAGCCAGUGUUCUGAAUCUUUGUAUACUUAUUUAGUUCAGAGAGUACCUUUACCGGUUGGUCUCUCUCUUUUUUUUGUUCUGAGACUGUUCUUUUGUAGUGAUGGGAAGUUCGACUCUUCUUACUGACUCUGACCUUUUACUCUCGGACAGUAAAUUGAACAAAUCUUUUUUUGAGUCAUUUCGUUCAUUUUUACAGCGGGUGGCGCUGUAGCCCUCUUGUGGGCGUUGUAAAAAAGACCACGGUUCUCAAACACUUAACACUGAAGGCAACAUGGUUUGCUUCAGCUGACAAAGUAUAAUAAACAAAAUGCCACAAGCUAUUCAACCCAUACACCACAAUAAAGUGACUUGUGUCCUGUAUCCUCCCUGCCAUUGUUGUUUAACAGCACGAUGGUGACUAGGUAGCUGUCACGUGACCUGAGGACAGACGCUCAGUUGAGUGAAUCCUGAACUAAUUUCUGUUUCCUUUCCUGCUGAGUUGAUGCAGCUGCCUGCCAUUGUGUGGCGAAGGAAGGUACUGCAUGAAAAUGAACGAACAAACCACUCAGUUGAGUCAGUCCUGAACUAAUCAUUUAUGUUUCCUGUCCUGCUGACUGAACUUAUGCAGCUGCCUGCCAUGUGGCGAAGGAAGGUACUGCAAUAAAAUGAACGAACAAACCACUCGGUUGAGUGAAUCCUGAACUAAUCAUUUCUGUUUCCUGUCCUGCUGACUGAACAUAUGCAGCUGCCUGCCAUGUGGCGGAGGAAGGUACUGCAUUAAAAUGAACAAAUCACUCACUGAGACAACUCAUUACUCCCGAGUCAUACAAAAGAUUAGUUCAUUUUGAACGAAUCGUUCACGGACGACACAUCACUAUUCUUUUGCAGAAUAGCUGCUUUAUUGUUUUGUGUGUGUAUCUUUGUAAAGCUUAUGGGUGCUGAUCUCCUUUUGUUCUUUGGUGUUUCUUUUUUUUUUCCAAGAGUUAAAUAGCGGUCAUUUAUUUGAUGUUACUUUGUGUUUUAGUUAUUUGUCAGCACCUGUACAGCCUCCUUUUGUUAUGUUUACUUGUGCAUCCUUAUUUAAUUAAAUUCCUGACUUUACCC